AAGAAAAGGUAAUUUCGUUCCUAUCUCUUCUUCUACCUCUGUCUCCAUCGGGCGAACGCCGGAUCGUCCCAGAAUCCUCUCCAUCGUCAGUUCUUCUCGGCAUGGCAUCGACCAGAACUUCCUCCCUCCGGUACGAUGCCGUCGAUUCGCGUUCCUCCUCAGGCCCCUCCCCUCCCUCCUCCGAUCGCAAGAAGUCCGGCAAGAACCUAUCCUACUUGCGCCGUCUCAUCGGAAAUGGAGGACGCCAAGGAAACUCAGAUCCUGUAUCUGCAGCCGCGCCCGUGACAGAGAACUACUCUAGAUCCCUCGUCAGGGCGCGGGAUGCCAGGAACGGGCAUAAUAACUUUGGGAGCUUGGUGAAGAAGCUCAUGGAGAAGCGAACUAACCCAAAGCUGGGAUCGAGGGAUCGCUUGGAUCUGGUUGUUCCGGAUGAUAGGAUAGUGGAGGAGCUCAAGAAGGGCGCCAAGUCCACGCAUUUCUUGGGGUUAUCGAAGAAACUUUACCAGAAGGGUGGAGCGGCGGAGAAGAAGGUGCUUACCGAGGUCAAGUCGAACACGCGGACGUUGGCCAUGGUGCUGCGCAGUGAGAGGGAGCUUCUCGCACAAAACAAGGAGUACGAGGCAGAGGUCUCGGAGCUUCAGUUGCUUAUGGAGGAGAAGAACAGAGAAAUUGAGAAACUGAAAGACAUGUGCCUGAAACAGAGAGAAGAGAUAAAGGCAUUGAAGGAUGCUAUACUCUUUCCGGACGUUAUAAAUUCGCAACUGCAGGACCUGCUGGAAGAGCAAGACUUUGAACUGAAACAGGCAAAGCACGUCAUCCCAAACCUUCAAAACCAAGUCAUCUCUCUUACUGGGCAGCUCCAGUGCCUCGCUGAGGAUCUUGCCGAGGUGAAGUCUAACAAAUAUGGUGUUAAAACGUUCUCAGUCGGACAACUAAACUCUCCAAGAACCCCAAAGUUCUAUCAGGAGGCUGCUAACCGAUUGGAAUAUAGCUCUGAAGAUCAUAUUGGUUCCGAACAUGGAAGCCCAGAUGAGAUGUUCCUCAAGGAUUUAAACCCAUGUUUAACUCCAUGCUUUUCGAAAACAAAGUCUCAGGAAAAAGAUGAAUUGAUUCACGACGCUCCGGAAAACAAUAGAUCGUUCAAGUAUAACACACAAUUGAGCCCCAACAUGCCUUGUGCUUCCCGUGGAGGAACACUGUCAAAGAGUUCAGAACAUUGCCUGAGGCCUAGCUUGGUUAGCAACAGCUUAAAGAAGGUUUACAAAUCAGAUGAAAACAAAAAUUUGAUUGCAAAACCACGCCGCCCAGAUCUUUCCUAAACUCGAUGGUUUUCUCUUUUGUUGUUUGUCAUCGUCUCUUCUUGUUUUCGAAGUAUUUACAAGUUCCUUGUAUUGUCACUGUAUCAGCUGUGUGCCCUUGCAGAUCUUGUAUCGAUUGACAUAUAAGGAAUUUGUUUACGUGGAUUGCAAUUAGCGUGUCAAAAAUGAAUUUGAUUUGCCAA